CAGGACAACAAAAAUAUCUAUAAAGUACCGUUCACCGCAGCGCACAUGUACAAAAAUGGAGCUUCACGUUUACGAAGAUUGCCUGGAAUUGGUGAAACACUUUUACCGCGCUUCCCAAAAAGUGCAUCACGCAGAGUUCGAGUUAUUCUGCGACUGCUGGCGGAUGCUGCAAUUCCAACACAUUUUCUCGGCCCAGACCACCCAUUGCGAGGUGAUGCAAACAACGUCGGCAGCGCUGCAUGUGGGAAAGCGUUUGGCGUGCGGACGGGAAACAAAUGGGGAACUAUUGGAGGGACAGUGGAAGCGGGCGCAUCGCAUUGGAGCCAUUUAUUUGUUGUACGCCAUUUACAAUAAACAGCCGACAGAGGAGUUCGUUAAGAUUGAGGUGUCGCCACAGACAUGGGAUGAGCUGACGGGCUAUGUGGAGGAACUGCGGAGUGAGGACGGCGAUCGGCGUGACACGCAACAAGUGAGUUAUAUUUUUUGGAAACUCGUGCAGCAGGGUGCGUUCUGUUUCACGGCGCUCGAUUAUUGCCGAGGUCUGGAAAAUCUGAUUAACUACGACCAGCUGUUCAAGACAAUACAAACUGAACGGAAGGGCAAAAAAUUGAAUCGAGAGUUGGCGCUAAAGCAACAGAUACGGCCAGCCGAUCUCGAUUUGGACGAUGAACAAGUACGAGUGCGCGCAUUGCAGCAGUCCUGCAAGUCCCUCAGAAGACUCGAGAUGACAUACAAUCAUCAAAAGGAACAAUUGGCGCAGGGGCCAAAACAUCACCGAGCGCUGCCCAACACUAACAUAUUCGGGCACCUGAUGGAGCUCUUCGAUGACGUUGGUCAGUUGCUGCGACGAAGCCCCACUGACGAAGACCAGCCCUCCACCUCAAAGUCAACUGCAGUAGCAUCAAAGGGUGAGGCGCGUCAGCUAUUAAAGCGGAAGAACGCGUAUAAUUACUCAGACAGGAUGGAUACCCGUUUAGAAGAGGAGGAGGCGGAAGAGGAGGAUGCAGGAGAGGACGAGGCAGAAGAUCCGGUAGUAGAGAAGCGCAUGUCCACAAUUUUCGGUCCAAAUUUGCCAGAUGAAUUGGCCAAGGAGCUGGAACUAAUUGAAGAGUCGAGUAGUAACUCUGGGGAAAUGUAGCUCAAAAUAUUAUUUAAAAUGUAAUAGUAACUAAAAUAUCAUUUACCUAAGCAUAGAUUAGGAAACAACGAUUAUUUCUAAUUUAAAAAUAUAUAUCACAUACUACUUGUGUAUUAGUAUUUUGC